AUGAGUACUCGAGAGUGGAACAACAUCUUGACUUUGAUCGAGUCGGACAAGAUCAAGGAUCGCGUCGAGGGCGUCUCGCUCGUGCGCGGCUACCUCGGCUCGCGCACCAACUUCAACGCGCUUGAUGCCCACCCGAACCACUCGUGGACCGACAGCUUGCAAAGCUUGUUCGGCCUCGUCAUCAAGGAACGCAACAUCGUUGUCGUCAAACCCACGUCCGUCGGCGAAAAACGUCUCGAGGAUGCGGCCAUGCUCGUCGCUUGGUUCGCCGACAAAGUCUCGACCAAGCUGCCCAAGAAGGGCGUCAAGAGUUUGCUUGAGCAUUUAACGCAGAUGAUUGCGUCUGUGCCCCAAGGCCAACAGCAGAGCUUCAUGUUGGCGUACUCCAAGGCGCUGAGGUUGCUGCUGGGAAACCAGGCCCACGUCGAGCAUCUCGGCAAGGAGAAAUGGGCCGAAGUCGUUAUGAUUUGCUUCUCCGUCGUGCUCGGCGACAAGGUGCGCCCAGGUCAAAAGUUAACCGACGAAGCGGCGAUUGGGGCCACUGGAGACGGCUUCGAUGACGAUGGCGAAGAGAGUGACGAUCAUCUCCAAGGAUCGAGUCAUGUUCGACAUCGGCGGCGAGGAAUUGGCGGCGGACGGAUGGUCGUGGACGUGAACGAUUACGACGACGACGACGACACGGGGUCAUCGGUACCGACCUCGACUCGAAAGGCCGCUACCGCGCUCGAGAUCGAACUCGUUGGAUGUAUUGAGACCUUGUUCCGGUCGAGGUCGGCUCCCUUUCUCCUCCAUGCCCAGGUUAUUUUUGUCAAAUUCGCUCGUCUGUUCCGUCAGUAUCCGCACGAGACGACGGCGCAUGAAUCAGCCCUCAUCGCGCUCAAUCGGGCAUUCGCCGAGCUGGAUCUCAAUGACCAGUUGAUGAUGGGCCGUCUGGGCGUAAAGCUAUGGUCCCCAGUCUUGUCCCUCUGGGCAACGAAGAACAACACGGUCAAGGAACAAGUUGUCAUGGCUUUGAGGAAACUAUUGCCCUUUGUCCUUCGCGGCGAUCGAGGAUCACACCAAUCUCGCGUCACGGCGCUGUAUGAGUCCGUGCUGACGGAACCGACCAUUCGGACUCGUGAGCUCUUUCGGCUCAAUGUUGACCACCUCCGACUCGUGGUGGGUGGCCCUUCGCUCGAUACAUCCUCGCCGGCGAGGCCAUUUGAAGCACGCACGAUUCAACUCGGACAUGGCUUCACGGAUAAGGAUGCCAACGCCUGGGCGGUGCUCGAGCUUGGUGCCGAUGCGUUGGCCAAGAUCUUCGACGUGGAUGCUGCCGGCUCUGACCAACCUGUGGCCACUCCGUGUCGCAACGGUAAACGACGACGGGUCAGUCGACUCACUAGUACGAAAAAAACUUUCAAACGUGCGCCACAUUGACACUUGUGUUUAUGAAAUUCACUAGGUGGAAGAGCCACUGAGCUGCUUGAUCGACUCACUCGAAGACGCCCGCGAGCCUUCCGCUGCCCUCGCCUUUCGAGCACAGUUAGCGAUGUUCUUCAUCGAACAGCAUCCGGGGCUGUUGAACGCGUACAUGCAUCGACGCAUGGUCACGGCGUUAGGCUCCCUUGUAUCGCAUAAAGACGGCGAUGUGCGCACGUGGGCGAUCCUUGCACUCGCCGCCGCCGCAGCGAUCGAUGCUCCGAUCGAGCAGAUGCCAGCCCACGCUUCGCCUGUCAAGCGCAAGUCGGCAGCACCGACUCUCUGGGAUCCAGUUUGGUCACUUGCCAUCAGAAAUCUUUCUUCGGCUGACGUGGGUCGCGGUUCGGCACAUCUGUGCAACACACUACUGGCAUAUGACCGCGUGGCACGAAUGCUCGUCUCGACAACUCUCGAGAGCUUUUCCAAAGACCUUGACGUCAUCGGACCAAGGUUUCCAAGCGAUGCCGUCUGCGCCUUUCUGAGGUGGUGUCUAGCCCUUUCGACGACCGACACUCGACUUUAUCGACUGCGGUUACCUGAGAGGGUUCUAACGUGGCUCGUGACCGCAUGGAAGCCGUUCGAUGGAUUUUCUCGCGGUCACACCUUUGGUCAAUCGAGGCUACGCUCGGAUCCCUUCUCGCUAUCGGCACUCGUAUCGCUCAUUGCCCGUCUAUGCGACAUCGGCGAGUUUCCGAGUCUUGACAGCGAGGUUGUAAUACCCGAUUGUGCCAUCGCAUCCAUGGUUAUCGACCACUGCGAGACGGCCGUCAUCAGAGACUUCAUCGGUGCCAAAGUUGCCAUCUCGACCGAGGAAUCAACGAAGAGACGCGUGCAGAUUCCAUCAGAUGUGUCGGCAUCGUGCGACGGUGGCGUGGUUUUGGACGUCCAGGAGCUCAGAACGGAGCGUCGCAUAUCUUCUUGGCUGCAAAAGUCGAUGGCCCAUAUUCAGACCGAGACGGAGCAAGGGUCGAACCAGUUUUGGGAUUCCCUGGACUUUGAUCUCACGCGGCGGUACCUCGAGUUUGCGUCAUUCGCUUUGAACGUCGAAUCGCUGUUCUCGCUAUCAAAGUCGAUCGCCCCCAACAGGGCGACGGUUCGAUCUUCGACGAGGAUCCUCGAGCAUCUCGCGCCUUCGCUUGGCAACGCCAAGUGGCGCCCACAUGAGCGAUCGCUUUUGCUUACUGCGCUCGACGGUCUGUUCAUCCCGCUCGACGAAGAUCCCUCAAUUGAAUAUCGGGUACUGCUGGAUCCCGGUCCGGCGAGUGGUAUCGCUUCGCACCUCACCCCUUUCCGAUCGGCGGAGUCUCUGCUUAUCGACUUUACUUCGUUCGAUUCUCGGUUCUUGCGCCACAUGUGGUCCAACGAGAUGGUCCGCGUCGCGCUUGGCGAAAUCGCGUCUGUCUUUCACAUUUUGGUGACUGGGAUCGUAACCUUCACGGAGGGCAGCUCGAGUCAAGCCACUCAGCACUCGACUCAGGCCCUAUCGGCAACGCAGGCUUCCCAACGUCUUCGGGGCAUCGCACAGUCGCAACGUGAGGACGAUUUCGGCGAGGUCAGGAUCGCGAAGCAAGCGAAGGCGAUUCUUGGCCCAUCAAGUGCGAGCCGUUUUGGGAGGGCCUGUAUGCGAGGAUGCAUUAAAGGCCUCGUAUCGGCCGAGAUGGCCAUGACUGGCAGUGCAGGAUCGGUGCGCGUCAACAGCUUGAUCGAGGCGAUCGUCAAUGCCCCGGGCGAGGACGCUAUCACCAUUGCCGAACAGGUGCUCAACGCUGUUCGUGUCGGUGCGAUCGAUUUGAGCCUUUCGCACGCGGAACGAGUUUUGCAGUAUCUCGGCGAAGAGCUCUUGCCCAACUACCAGUUCGCGCGAGACGAAAGGUUCGCUCUCCUCGGGCUCAAGUUCCUGGAAUGCACCGCAACGACAUGGGUCCUUGCCGAGGACGGCGACGCGGCCGAAGCCUUCGGAUCCCGCGCUCGGAUGCUUUGUUCCUGGUACACGGCCAACCUCUACCGACAAGUUCUAUCCUCGUGGCGCGUUCGUUUGCGCUUCCUCGCGUUCCUCGACCUGUACCUCUCUCUCGACCGGACGCAACUGCUGUGGGAUCAAGGAGGGUACGCCAAGCGCUCGGGUGACGGUUUGGCCAUUCUCCCGACGGCAAUCAUCCCCUCCCUGCUGGCCGACGAGGACUUCCGAGUGCGCUUCCGCGCGGCCACCUCGGCACCGGCACUCUUCACCUUUAUGCGCGAGAACGGAUUGGCCGACGAUCCUCUUUUUGCCGACAUCCGCAGCACGCUCGAGAUCAACAUGGCGGAGACGGAACGUGUUCUGACGCAAAUCCUGUCUCAGGCCAACAUCAUGAUUGUCGCAGCGUCGAGACGAAGGGCGCCGUAUCCUCUGUUCCUGCAACAGGCCUCGGAAGCGCCGAACCUGCUGCCUCCCAUCGUUGCGACAUUAGCCGGUGCCGCCAAGAAGAUGGGUCUAGGGGGCUUGCGUGACCUCUACCAGCUCUACGCGCGAUACAACGUCUACAUGCUCGACAAGCAGGGGCGCCUUGGGAAUGUAGGCUCGCUCGCAUAUUCCGUCGCUGGAUAUCCGAGUUUACGCGAAGCUCGCAAAGCCGACUACCAACAGAUUGCGGGUCUUCUUCUCGUCCUCCCCGACGGCGCCGAACCCUUUGACACGCUUUGCGACGUGUUGCAAAAACCGCGAGGCGAGGUCGUGCUGGAUUGCUUCCCGCAGACCAUCGCGCUGCUCGCUCUACGAUACGCUGUCCAGCAGAUCCCUCCCGAUAACCGGAACCCUGUCGGUGCGAUGGAUGGGGCGAUGGCGCUCAUCCGGGCUCUGGCGCGCGAGACGGGUGCCGAGGACGAUCACCAAGUCGAAAAGUUUGUUAUGUCGGUCUCGGACGAGAUCGUGGCGCAAAUCUUGGCUGAGAUGUACGAGCCAGUUUGGACGCAAGACUUGGUCGACCAUGUGCUCAGGCCUGUAGACAAGAAUUUGUGCGCAACGUUCAAACAGCUCGUCGGGCUAUUGGACACUGAAAUCCAGUUGGUCGAGGCGCCGCCACCCCACUAUCAAUUCGUCGACAUCGUGACCACGACGAGGUGGUUCGAGAAGCAAUGUCAUUGCUUCACUAGGCAAGCCUCAAUGUUCCUGGUUGUGCACAAUCUUUUGGCCCGAGUUCAUCGCGCGCCAUUCGUCGACUUGCAGCAGGCGCUUCUCAUUAGCCUCGCCCUCGCUCUCGCCUUUGGUCGUCGCGCGGCGAGGGAUCCACAGAUUCUAGACGCAGUAAUCAACGCCCUCGUGGAUCUAUUGACGCGCCCGGAGCUCCUCAGCGCCGUUUCAAAGAUCAUCGGCUGGUGUUUGUCUCAAUGGAUUGAGAACGCAAAAAGCGUCAAAUCUGCUGGAUCCGCCCUCAGUGCCGUUGCUACCAGGUAGGCGCCCCCUUGCGAUUCUGAAGGUGACAGCAAGCUGAUACUCGCUCGUCCUCUACAGGACGGCCCACGCCUGCCAUCAGAUUCGGAAUUCGGGCACUGCGACCGACGAGGCUCUCGAAGAUUGUGAUAUUCUCUCGACGUUGCUUCUUCGCGUCUUGGAAGCACUCUCCGAACACCAUGCGGCCGGCGCCAACGAAGCGUGUUUACUUUGGCCGACUCAUCUGGCCGAGGUGGAUCGCAUGUCUCUGGAAGCCAUUGGCGCUGUGCUCUGCCAUUCUACGACCACGAUCAGCAAGUUCUCGAUCGCUCAAGCUCUCGCAGAUCGACCCGAUUUUUCUACUUGUCCCGAGCGAGGUCAGAUUCUAUGGCGUUUGUUACGCUCGUUCAAGCCAGCGCAUGUGCCCACGAUGGCGGACUGCGCCGCGUUGGCCGACCUCUUGUUUCAAUGCUCGGGUGAAGCCGACGCACCAGGCUUGGACAAGAUCGCCCCCGCCGACUGUGCUGAAGUGGGCUUGCACGACGAGCCCAUCUUGAAUGACGCCGGCGUCCGCUCACGAAUCCUAUCCGAGGUCAUGCGGACCACGCAGGCCGACGGAACAAGCUCAGUUGAACUCGCCAUUCUAUCGAUCGGCGUGGCGAGAGCGCUUCUCAGCGUCCCAUCCUCUUCUGAGCUAGUGUCAGCGGUGAAAUCGUCGAGUCACGCCGAUUCACUCGUUGCCACCCUCUCAGACUCAGCCGUGACUCAGCCGCAUCGUUCGCGGGCAGUCGAUGCGCGGCAUCUGGCCGAGCUUGAUACGGAUAUGUGGCUUCACGCGGCGCAUGACUUUGAGCCUUGGAUCAAGGAAUUUUCCACACUUCUCGCUGAUAUUCGAGGCAUCGACGAGGCGUUUUACGGCCAGCUCGCGCCUUUGCUUUCGGUAGAUGCCGAUUUCGCUGCGCAGAUCCUCCCCUCGUUGAUGCUGUCCGUGUUGAUCCAGAGCAUUCAGCACGGAGAUGGAAAGCCUCGAGAACAGCUGUCGGUAUAUCUGAAGCACGUGCUCAGCGAUCGAACCACCGACGAACGUUGCGUCUCGUUGGUGGUUACCGCGGCCGUCUUCCUACGGCGCCAUCCUCGACCAGACCUCGGACCCUUGUCUCUGGCGCGAUUCGACCGCUGGCUCGAGGUUCCUUGGAUUCUUCUUGCCGAGAGUGCGGCCCGCACAGGUCAACAUUUCAACGCGCUUCUACUGCUCGAACUUGCUCACGAAUAUGAUCAGCUCUUCCAGAGGCGCGACACCCGGCUCGACUCACGCGGGCAAUCGCUUCUUUACGCCAUCUACUCCGAGAUUGACGAGCCAGAUGGCUUCUAUGGUCGGCAAUCCGAGGAUGUUGUGGUUGCGCUCGAGCGAAGAUACCGCCACGAGAACCGCUGGCGCGAAGCUUUCGCCCUUCAAGGCGCAAUAUACGAGGCCAAUGCUGGUCACGGCAGCUCGGUCUCGAGGGGAGUACUCGACUCACUUGCCUCGUUCGGUUUCAACCGGCUCACCUUGUGCCUCUGGCAACCACAAGCGUCCGAUGGCACUCCGGCAAGCACAGCGGACCCAUCGACCACCCUGUCAUAUGAGCUGGCGUGGAAGACCGACACGUGGGAUCUCCCGGUCGACCGCAAAUUGACUUCGACCUCUCAGGCCGCUCUGUUCUCUACCCUCCGAUCGGUCCACACGGGCCAUGACGACAAGGUCGUGAAUUCGACGGCGACAAGCUCGUUGGAGCGGGAAGUGGGAAAGCUCUCUUGCGUCACUUUGGAUCAGCCUCAGCCAAACUUAGAGGCGAUUUCGACUAUUCUCGCCCUGCGUGAGGUGAAAGCUGCUUCAUUUUUGCAGAGCGCAGAUCGACUUGGCCCCGGCCGCGCACAGGAGUUGGCUUGCUUGCCCUCCACCUUCUCGUGUGUUUGACAUAACUGGGUUGCUCCUGCUUCCACUUCAAUAACUGAUAAUCUGCUAAACACAUCUGCGCAGACUACACAAUGCCGAAAAGGUGCUGUCGACCCGCAUCAGUCUGCUACGAGCCAUGCGCAAGAUGGAGGAGGCCAACUCUGUCGGUGACGAGUUUCGCAGCAACUUGUGGCGCGAGGUCACGCAGGCGGAGCGAGCUUGUUUGCUCAAACUGAGUGCCGUGUCUAGAACUAGCGGGCAUUUACAAGCAUCGCUCAACGCCGUGACUGUAGCUUCAAGGCUUGUCGAAUCGAAACGGAAAACCGAGACCGUUGAUCAAGAGCUCGCCAUGGUGCUCUGGGCCCUGGGCGAACACAGUACCGCCAUCUCACUGCUCGAGUCGGUCAGCAACCAUCGCCCGGCAAAGGUAGCGAUCAUCCGUGCCACGCUAGUAAGCAAUCAAUUGACAUUCUCUUCCGCCGCGCGCUAACACGGACAACUGCGAUUUCUUGAUUUCAGGCCCGAUGGACGAUGGAAGCUCGUCUCAAGAGCUCAAGAGAGAUCCUCGAUGAUUUAUUUAAGCCCGCUAUCAACCUCCUCGACGAGUCGUACCUGGUAACCGAGAAAGCUCAGGUUUACCACGCCUUCGCCAACUUUGCCGAUCGUCAAUAUCAAGAAAUGCUGCUUGCGACGAAGGAUCGACGUCACCGGUUUUCGUUGUUCGAGCAGAGCAAAAAUCACGAAUUUGAGCACAUUGAUCGGCAGCUCAACGGUGGUGGUGGCAGCAGCGGACCGAGCAGCGCAGUCCUCCGGAAUGCUCGCAAGACGGGAGAGCAAACACUGUCAGAGGACAAGCAUCAGCUCGAGGAGGAUCUUAAGGCCACUGCCGACAUGCACCGACUCGCGCUCGACAAUUACGCAAAGUCCUUGGCGGGAUCCGAUGAAUUUGACGACGGCGUUCUUCGGUUCUGCGCGCUCUGGCUCCCUUGCGACAAUGACGUCGAGCUUAAUCGAUUCAUCACCCCGCUUUUGAAGCUCAUUCCAUCGCACAAAUUCGUCUUCCUCGUUCACCAACUAUCGGCUCGGCUUGUUCACUCGACAACGGAGGUCUCGUCUUUCGGGUCCAACAUCUCGUCACUCGUGCUUCGACUUUGCAUCGAUCACCCAUUCCAUUGUCUCUAUGCCGUCAACACCUUGCGGGACUUGAGGGCGUCUCAGGCCCCCAUGGCUUCUGGACGUUCACGUCGUGGGUCAGCGGUCUCAAGUGAUCAAAGCUCCUUCUCAAGUCGGGCUCAGGCGGCUGAGGACGUGUUUGAUAAGGUCAGACGCUUGCCUCACACCAGGGCCAAGGCGGACGCGAUCGCAACAGUGUGCGAUGCCUAUCGCGAAUGGGCGGACUUUCCGUUGCGGGACAGCUCUACGUAUUGGGUCAACUCCGCAACGAGCGGGGGAAGGGUCAAACCGGGCCACUUGCCAAUCAGCAAAUCCUGUCGGAUCCUUACCAAGGUGGUCGAUCUCCCGAUCCCAGUGACCACGUUCCCACUCGCUGUGGAUCCUACUUGCAGAUACGAUCCGGGUACGUUUCCCACGAUUCAAAGGUAUUCGCCAACGUUCACGACUGCGGGAGGAAUCAACUUGCCCAAGAUCGUCAAAUGCAUUGGUUCGGAUGGGAAGGAGUUCACGCAGCUCCUCAAGGGCAAUGAUGAUAUUCGCCAAGACGCCGUCAUGGAGCAGGUGUUCGCUCUCUGCAAUAACAUCCUCAAACGUGACGAAGCCACCCGCCGGCGUAAGCUCCUCAUUAGGACGUACAAGGUCGUACCGCUUCAGAACGCGACGGGCUUGAUCGAAUUUGUGGCCAACACCGAGCUACUGAAGACCAAGCUUGAACAGUACUAUGAUCGGUGAAUUCCUUGUUGAACCAGCUCCGAAAUGAAAAGUUCUACUAAUGCACUUCACUCAUGGAGCAGAUUGCGUCAAAAACGCGACCCAGGCAUGAUUACCCCUCGCGAAGGGAGUAAUGAACUGGCGACGGUGCGGGGCAAGGCCUACAUGCGAUGCGCUGCUCCUCCAGAGAUCAACGACCAGCUCGCCGCCAAAUUCCGCGAAGUCCUGCCCCGCAUUCCACCCAUGAUGCGUCACGUCUUUCUUGAGCACCACAAGGUACCGUCGCUAUGGUUCGAGUACCGACUCAACUACUCGCGCAGUGUCGCCACCACCUCGAUCAUAGGCUACAUUGUCGGUCUUGGGGAUCGGCAUUGCUCGAAUUUGCUCAUGGACAAAGUCCGUGGCGAGAUUGUCACCAUCGACCUCGGCAUCGCAUUCGACCAGGUGAGCCUGAACCCUUGCGAUCCAGCCGUAAGAAAGGAUCUGACCCCUCUAUGCCACGUCCGCAUCAGGGCAAACGACUUCCGAUCCCGGAAACGGUCCCCUUCCGAUUGACGCAGAACAUCGUCGAUGGUCUGGGGAUGAGUGGCGUGGAUGGCGUUUUCCGCCGCUGUUCUGAGGAGACGCUCCGAGUGCUGCGUUUGCAGUCGAACGUGCUCCUAACCGUCCUCGAGGUGUUGAAGCAUGAUCCGCUUCAAAGAUGGUUAGUGACCAACGCUUCGCUCCUGGACCUGUCGUGUUUGGCAACGUGCUGAUUUGCUUUCUGCCUCUUCGAACUCAGGGCCGUGUCAGCCGAAGUGGCCAAGCAUAUCCAGCAAUCCGACGAAAUCGACGGUGCUCUACUCGAAAGCCUACCCGACGAUGCCGAUCGAGCCUUAGCUGUGGUCGCGCAAAAACUUGAUGAUCGUCUGAGUGUGGCCUAUACUGUCAACGAGCUCAUCCAGGAGGCGACGGACCCGGCCAACUUGUCGAGGAUUUUCCAGGGGUGGCAACCCUUUUUGUAA